CUGCAGCAUUAUUCCCCGUUUUUUUCUUUUCCUUUCGCCCCCCUCCCUGCUAUUAGUACCGCCCGUGCGAUUAGCAUGUCUCUGCCCAAUGCCACCGCCUCGCCGCCGUCGCCGGAACCCUAGGCCGCCGGAGUCGUCGGAGCUCCCCUCGUCGGCGCCGUCGGCGGGGGAGGUGGAGGAUGCAGCUGCGGAUCUCGCCGAGCAUGCGCAGCAUCACCAUCUCCAGCAGCAAUGGCGUCGUCGACUCCAUGAAGGUGCGCGUCGCGCCGCAGCCGCCCCCGCCCCCGCCGCCGCUCGCGCCGCCGCCCGCGGCCCGCCGCGCCGCCGGGGCAGGUGGAGGGGCCGGCGGGUGGGGCGCCGCCUGGUACCUCCGCGCCGUCGCCUUCCCGGCCGUCGUCGCGCUCGGCUGCCUCCUGCCCUUCGCCUUCAUCCUCCUCGCCGUGCCGGCGCUCGAGGCCGGCGGGACCAAGUGCUCCUCCAUCGAUUGCUUGGGGAGGCGAAUAGGGCCUAGUUUCCUUGGUAGGCAGGGGGGUGAUUCUACGAGACUGGUGCAAGACCUGUAUAGGAUUUUUGAUCAAGUUAACAAUGAGGAAUCCACUUCUGAUAAGAAGUUACCAGAAUCAUUCAGGGAGUUUCUUUCGGAGAUGAAGGAUAACCAUUACGAUGCUAGGACAUUUGCUGUCAGGUUGAAGGCUACGAUGAAAAACAUGGAUAAGGAGGUAAAGAGGUCAAGGCUCGCAGAACAGCUGUAUAAACAUUAUGCUUCAACUGCUAUUCCCAAAGGCAUUCAUUGCCUGUCUCUGCGCCUUACUGAUGAAUACUCCUCAAAUGCUCAUGCAAGGAAACAGUUGCCACCACCUGAACUGUUACCGUUGCUUUCUGAUAAUUCCUUCCAGCAUUAUAUUCUUGCUAGUGAUAACAUCCUUGCUGCUUCAGUCGUUGUCAGCUCAACUGUACGGUCUUCCUCGGUACCUGAUAAAGUAGUCUUCCAUGUUAUCACUGAUAAAAAAACAUAUCCAGGGAUGCAUUCAUGGUUUGCCCUUAAUUCUGUAUCACCUGCAAUAGUUGAAGUGAAAGGUGUUCAUCAGUUUGACUGGUUGACCAGAGAGAAUGUCCCAGUACUAGAGGCUAUAGAAAACCACCGUGGAGUCAGAAAUCAUUAUCAUGGAGAUCAUGGAACAGUUUCCAGUGCAAGUGACAACCCAAGGGUGCUUGCUUCCAAGCUGCAGGCCCGAAGCCCCAAAUACAUAUCCCUGCUUAACCAUCUGCGCAUCUAUUUGCCUGAGCUCUUUCCAAGCCUCAACAAGGUGGUCUUCCUUGAUGAUGACAUUGUUGUUCAGCGUGAUUUAUCUCCUCUUUGGGAGAUUGAUCUUGAAGGAAAGGUGAAUGGUGCUGUGGAGACAUGCAGAGGUGAAGAUAAUUGGGUGAUGUCUAAGCGCUUCAGGACAUAUUUCAACUUCUCUCACCCUGUUAUAGAUCGAAGUCUUGACCCAGAUGAAUGUGCAUGGGCAUAUGGGAUGAAUGUCUUUGAUCUGGAAGCUUGGAGGAAGACAAACAUUAGGGAUACAUACCAUUUCUGGUUGAAGGAGAAUCUAAGAGCCGGUCUUACUCUCUGGAAAUUCGGUACUUUACCACCUGCGCUUAUAGCAUUCAGGGGUCAUGUCCAUGGUAUCGACCCAUCUUGGCACAUGCUUGGCUUAGGAUACCAAGAAAGCACGGACAUAGAAAGUGUUAAGAAGGCUGCAGUGGUCCACUACAAUGGUCAGUGCAAACCAUGGCUAGACAUUGCUUUUAAAAACUUGCAACCUUUUUGGACGAAGCACGUAAAUUACUCCAACGACUUCAUUAGAAACUGCCAUAUUUUGGAGCCCCUAUACGACAGAUAAGGACUUGGAGAAAUGGUGUAGACACACUGAACUGAGGGGGCAUAGCCCCGCCAUUCAUUUGCUUACUGGAGAGGUGGAUUGCUGUUGCUGAAGGAGGAAAGCAAUCAUCAGUGAACACAUACAUAUAUCUCUGACACGCCCCUGCAUCAACCGUGUUGCAGAUACCUCGAUACUUUGAUCUGUAUCAUAUGGGUACACGAUUCUUUUCAUCUGUAUCAUAUUGGUUGGUCAUUCUUUUGGAUAGGAGUAUAACUAUCAAGGGUAGCUUGGUGAGGUCUCUUCCUCUGGGAUUGGGCUGAUCCAUUAUCGGAGAAUAAUGCAGCGGACGGUUUAGCGAAUGGAGCAUCACGGUGAAGAAAGGAGGCAGCUAAGGUCGUGACAGUUUAUAAUGUUUAUUUUUUCCUCCCACCUAUUCUUUUUUCCUUCUUGAAAUUUUGUUCCGCUAGUUAUGUGAUCGUUUUGGUAGAGGUUGGAGAAGAUUGUAGUAGAGAUGAUGCCAUUGCUGUGAGUACCUACAGGAUAUUGUUACAAUUGAGAAAUGUGCAGAUAUUAAUUCUUUGAAACGGCAUUUGUGCUA